AUGGCUCAGACGUGGGAAAUGGAGGACGAACACGGGAGGAUGACGGGCGAUUUGGUGGACUUGGGUUACACGGCCUAUCACCAAAGACACUGGCGACCAAUCGAGCUUCCAAAUCCGAGGAGAUCAAGGAGGAGGCCGCGGAAGAUGAGCAAGACGUCCUGGCCGGAGGUGGUGGGCUGGCCGGCGACGCAGGCCGUGACGCAGAUCAACGCCGACAGACCCGACGUGGCGAUCGAGGUGGUCCCCAAUGGCACCACCGUCGCCCCGGGGUACAACGCCGAGCGCGUCCGCGUCUUCUUUGACGCCGGCAACGCCAGCGGCCCCGUCGUGGGAACCCCUGCCGUCGGCUAG